UCAAAGCUCGAAUGAUUGCUGCACCUCUUUUCUAAUGGGUGUCCCUGAACCCAGAGUGACUGGAGGAACGUGUGUGUGUGUCAUUGUGCAGACUGCUAUAAAAAGCCACCUGCGUGUGGAGAGCUUGAGUAGCCAGCCCCUGCUAGAAGUGUAUUUGCUUCACAUGUGUGUGGAUUGCACUUGUGAGCUAAGGAACAGCUAUAUUCAGUACUGUGUGCUCAGGCAGCCUCAUUUGAACAGUAGGACGUUUACAAUGGAUUCUUCUGUCCCUGACACAGAGGAGGUGGAAAACAACUCUUUAAAGUACCUGAAAGCCGAACAGACUGGGAAAAUGUGGCUACGCCUCAGAGGAAUGCAGAAAUACAAAAACACUUCCCAAAGAUUAAGAUGUCUGGUGAAGCAGCUGGAAAAAGGUGAAGUGAAUGUGCUGGACCUUAAGAAGAACAUAGAAUAUGCAGCAUCUGUUUUGGAAGCCGUGUACAUUGAUGAAACAAGACAGCUAUUGGACACUGAAGACGAACUCGGUGAUAUCCACUCGGAUGCGGUCCCUUCGGAGGUUCGGGAUUGGCUGGCCUCCACCUUUACCAAGAAGAUGGAGGUGGCUAGGAGGAGACCAGAUGAGAAGCCUAAGUUUCGCAGCAUAGUCCACGCAGUGCAAGCAGGGAUUUUUGUAGAUAGGAUGUUUCGAAAGACUUCUGUCUUGGUUGGGCUAACAUACCCUCCGGCUGUUGUUGAGGUUUUAAAGGAUGUAGACAAAUGGUCUUUCAAUGUCUUUGCCCUAAACGAAGCUGGAGGACAUGCCUUGAGGUUCUUGGUCUAUGAACUCUUCACCAGAUACGAUCUAAUCUCUCGAUUCAGGGUCCCCAUAAGUGCACUCCUCAACUUUGUUGAAGCAUUGGAAGUUGGGUAUAGCAAGUACAAAAACCCUUACCACAAUCUAGUCCAUGCAGCUGAUGUUACCCAGACAUUACAUUAUUUUAUGGUUCAUAGUGGUUUGAUGCACUCCUUAACAGAACUGGACAUUUUUGCAAUGGUUUUUGCAGCUGCCAUCCAUGACUUUGAACACACAGGGACCACAAACAACUUCCACAUUCAGACCAGGUCAGACGUUGCAAUCUUGUACAAUGAUCGUUCUGUCCUUGAAAAUCACCACGUUAGUGCUGCGUAUAGACUCAUGCAAGAGCCUGAAAUGAAUAUCCUGGCCAACCUGUCAAAAGAUGAUUGGCGGGAACUCCGUACAUUGGUGGUUGAUAUGGUUUUAUAUACAGAUAUGUCUGGCCAUUUCCAGCACAUUAAAAACAUAAAAAAUGCACUGCAGCAGCCUGAAGGAGUAGACAAGUCAAAAGCCAUGUCCCUCAUGCUGCAUACAGCCGAUAUAAGCCACCCUGCAAAAUCCUGGGAACUGCACCACAGAUGGACAAAGGCUCUGAUGGAGGAAUUUUUUAGACAGGGAGACAAAGAAGCUGAACUGGGGUUGCCUUUCUCACCUCUUUGUGAUCGCAAGUCCACAAUGGUAGCCCAGUCACAGAUAGGAUUUAUUGAUUUCAUUGUAGAACCAACUUUCUCUGUUCUGACUGAUGUGACGGAGAAGAUAGUAACUCCUCUUAUAGAGGAACAUUUACAUUCGGGGGGCUCUGGGCUCCAAAAGUCCAGCUUGAACAGCGGGGGAGCAGGCGGUGUUGUUGAAUCUGUACAAAAACACAGUAAAAAGGUUUCCACAGAAGAUCAAGGGUCUUCCACAGACUAUUCCUUGUCCAGCAUUGAUCUGAAAGGUUUCAGAUGCAACUGGGUGGAUAUAAUUCAUCAGAAUAAGGAGAGAUGGAAGGAGUUAGCUGUUCAAGAACAAGCAAGAAAAGAAAGAGAAUCAACCAACGACUGCAAGCACAGUGACAAGAAAAGUGAAGUCACAGAAAUUACAGAAGUCAAAUUAACAAGGACCGAUUCUGAGAAGGACAGCGAUUCGGUGUCAGAGUCCCCCUGUGAACUGAACAAAACGUCUUGUAAUUCUUCCCAGAACUCUAAUUCUAAUUAUCUGCCACAGAGGCCACAGCAACAGGCUGUCUCGUCAGUUUCCAAUUCCUCUGUUCAGGAAUGUAUCUCUGACAGACCCCCAUGGAACGGUAAUUUCUCUAACAAUGAUCAGGUUUUAGUAGAGCCAAACCACUGCCCGUACAGUACAAGGCAUAGUGGCUCUUUAGCAUUCCCAAAGCAAAAGUAAGUCUAUGACAAAGAUGGGCAUUUUUUGUGGUGUGGCAUUUUACAGGUGAUUCUUUUCUAUUGACGUGUUUAUCUAAUGGAGUGCUGUGGCAGUGUGGACUUCUAGAAACACAUUAAAUAAUGGAUUCUGCCCAGGGGGCAAAGACUUGUAAUCAAGCCAAAGUUCUAUGCAUGAUAUUUAAAUUAGCCAUGUGCUAUACAAGUAGCUGCCACACUUCUCAAAAACCACAAGGUGGUGCAUGUGAGUCACAGCUGUGAUGCAGUUAUGGUGACACCAGUGAAUGCCAAGACAAGUAUCACACCGAAUGCUGUUCCAGUCUUGGCAGUCAUCAUUUCUUUGGGGAAAAUGAAAACAAAUAUCCCACCUUGUUAUUUUGCAUUGGUAAAAAAUUAAUAGCAUUCAGGAUGCCACUGCACUUAUGGGAGGCCUUGCUUAUUAAAAUAUAUUGUGGUUGUGAAUUCCUAAAAAAAUAGAUAACAUUUAGGGAGCCUUAAUUUUGAAUAGCCAUCUUGUUAAAAUAUUCUGCACAUGUUUAAAGAGGAAAUGUUUAUCUAUUCAGCGAUACCAAAAUGAUAUAAAGGUUCUCUUUCAAGUAUGAGAUGUUAUUCCAUUACUGAUCGGGAUAGUAUACCUAGGGCUUCUGUUUUUCGGUGUUUAUUAAUUGUAUUUUUUGGUGCUUAUUUUUAGCUAUUUUCGAGUUUUAUGUUAAUCAUUUUUUUGGGGGGGGGGGCUUUUGUUUUUGAUAUACUGUAUGAAAUUAGUGUUUUUCGGUUACUUUCCAAAAUGCUUGAGUGUUUUUUUUUCUGUCAAAAUAUGUAUAGUAGUAACUCAACAGUACUUACAUACUUAAGUUGUACCUUCAUUCCUUUGCUGUCUUCCACAACGAAAUCCCUAUGGUCACGGGCGCGUUUUUCUGGGGUUUUUGUGUGUAGGCAUUUUUUUUACAUUUUGCCACAAUUCUGUUUUAAAUCCUCCAUAUCUUAACUGGAAUACAUCUUUAAAUCCCACUAAUGAGCCUCCAUUCCUGAUUGUAAUCUCGUUUUAAAUCUCGCAAGCGGAGUCUCCAAUAGAAAUGUAGGAAUGUGCUGUCACUCAGUAGUUGGGGUGGGUUUAUAGUAUUCCGAACAAAUCAAUGAUAGAUACAAGUCAGGAAGGUGGGACAUUGCCCAGCAGCACUGGGAAACGUAUUUAUUAUUAUUAUUGUAGUAGGUUUUAUUUUUUAAUGGGAAAAGGGGUAAAGACAACGUGAAUUGAUCAACCAUUUCCAUAGUUUUUCCAGUGUUUAUUGGCUAUCCACAGAUUUCAUUUUUUUUUUUUUUGUAUUGGGGGUGUUUUAUCGGGUUUUAUCGGUUAAAACUGAAAAUCAGAAGCCCUAAGUAUACCCAAGCUGUCAUAACUGCAGGACUUGCAACACUUGCAGAUUUGCUAAAAAAUGGUAGACCAGGAGACUGCCCUUAGCUUAAAGCCCAAGUUGUGAGGACCCGUGACAUAUACUGUUAGUCCACAGAACCUAAAAAAGUGUGAGGAGAGUUGGCACCUCAGUAUGCAUGCUCUAAGGGUAGACUGAAUAUCUGCCCUUAACACUGUGGUAUAAAAAAUCCAGGGUUUGGGGAAUAUAUGACAUCUAGUGUAUAUAAACAAAUUGUAGGGUAAACCCACACUAUGGUAUAUGUGUAUCAAAGAGUAGACUGAGUGGCUGCCUUUUGCACUCUGGUCCCAAAACCAGGGUCUUGGGGAUCUAAAACAUUCAGUCUGUAGAACCUAGUGAAAGUAUGGGGGUUGAGACAGAUGCAUUCUGGAAUAAUGGCCAAGAGGUUGUGAGGCCUCUUGUGGAAUGACCAGUAACCUCCUCUGGUAGGGGCAGGCUGGCUAGAUCAUGAGAAGCAAGCAAGGAAACUGAGGGAUGGGUUGCUAGGCAGACUCGCCGUGCUUGGACCACAUGGCUAUACUAUGUGCAGUAUUGCUUACAAAACCCAUUCUGAGUGAAAUUAUCAUACGGGACAUUAGUGAUGGUAAAACAACAACAACAAAACUCAAAUAAAUAAGUAUAGUGGAUAUUUUGGGGUUUUAUUUCUUGUUUCUCCCACUGAACGCGAACACAACUUUGUGAGGUGUAUAUCAGCAAGUGUUUUUUUCCCCUUGUAUUUUCAUUUUCUUGCUCUUUUAAACAUGUCUUUUAAAUUAUUCUGCAUGUCUUCUUUAAUUCAUUGUUUGUGAGUUCUCUGGAUAGUUUGGUUGAAUGUCCAUGGCUUUAUUUUGAAUGUAUUUUAUUCUCUGUUGUACUGUUGCUUGUUGUAGUGAGAGUGAUAAUGGCAACGGGUUGUUUUAAAAUGAAGCUUCCGACCAGGGAGUGUCAUGAUCCAGGAACGAGUAUAUUUCAAGUUACAUAUUUUUUGCACAUACCUAUCUAUGUACAUGAAAAUUCCAAGGUAUAUUUUUUUCAAUAUAGCGUUCAGUUUCUAUGGCAACAUAGAAUAUAUUAACUUAUUAUAAAUCACACAAAUUAAGAUUGCACUCCGGAGCUUCCAUUAGACAUAAAAUCAAAAGUUUUUCUGUUUUUUUUUUUUUUCUAUGCACAAUGACACCUGGAUAAAUCUGUGCUGAUGACUGAUUUCUUACACAUGUUUUAUAGUUUACUUAAUAUACUAUCUCAAUACAUGGGGCAAGGAUAAAGGUAAGAUCUUAUAACACAGGACAUUUAAUGAACAUGUACAUGUUCCUGUCUGUCUUAAUAUUAAAGCUGUUUAAACAGCCACACAGUGGAGUCUUUUGGCCUCAGAAUGUGCAAUUACUAGAGUAGGAAAAGUCAUCAGCCAUCAUGUGCUUUGCGAAAUCCAGUGAACAGAGUGUCAGUGAACUAUGAUACAAGACCGCAAAGAAACUGUUCAAAAGACUAAAUGCUCAACUUAGCAAAUUGUACCUUGAAGCCAGUGCCAUUUGCCAUGCUUGAUUUUUAAAGAAUGAGAGACAGCAUCGCUUGUUACUUCCACAGGAAGCAGCAGAAUCAUCUGAUUCUCUCUGGAUUCAGGCAAACUGGAAAUAUGAUAAUAUGAAGGCUUUGGUUUUUAAUAACUUACUUUGACCAUAAGUAUCAACUUUCAUGAUAUUUGUUUUAGACAAAGCAACACAUCCAGUUUAAAACGUACUAAAUGGACUUACCACUGUACUAGCUUUUAAAGAUAUUUAAUGUUGCGUUUAAGGUGCUGUAAUCUGGAAUUCAUCAAAUGAAAGGAAUGUGUUCUGUAUUAUUUGUUUUAUUGGUCCAUAUCUACUUUUUUAAGCCCUUCAUUUGUUAUUUCUUCUAGGAGAGAAAAAGUCAUCUGCAAGUAUUGAGGACGAAACUGAGAAGCCUUAAACUGAUACUUUGCAUCCCAGAUUUAUUCUUCAUGUUUUAAUGUAAUGUUAUUUAUUAAAAGUGGGGUUUCUUCUCCCCUUUGUAACACA